AUGGGUCACCAGAAAGUUCUCCGCGGCGAAUACGCAUUGGAAGACGAGGCCAACGGGUUUGAGGUCACGUUAUUACCUUGGAACAAAGCGAUACGGCCUGGGAGGAAGAUUAACAUGGCGAUGAAGUUUCGGAGAGUUGAAGAGGGUAGCAAAGCAGAAGAUCAUGUCUACAUCUGUCCAGGAUGCCAUGCGGUCAGAUCCGAUGCUCAGGACGACCAGAUUAACCUCAAGUGUUCUCUCAUCACAUCCAAUGAAUCGAUACGCAAGGAAGAUCGCUUCAUCGAGGAGGCGGGUUUCAUCAAAUUCACCCACACGCCCUAG